AUGGCUCGCUACACAUCUGGCUUGGUGCUCGCGGGAGCUUUGCUUCAAGGUGGACUUGUUAGUGCGCAGGCUAACAGAGAUGUAGCAUUGCCAUCUGGAAACGUUACUGCCGUAACAUGUCCUUCAACCGCAAAGUUCAACACCAUAUCGGCGAGCGCCCAUUUCGCGGGCAUGAAUCCAGGGUGGAACUUGGGUAACACCCUCGAUGCUGUUGAGACCGAAGGCUCAUGGAACAACCCGCCAGUUGUGCCCUCGACAUUCGAUGAUAUCAAGAAUGCAGGCUUCAAGGGCGUUCGUCUUCCGGUAACCUACGCCUACCACUACAAGACACAGGCGCCAGACUGGACAUUGGACCCAGUUUGGUUACAGAGAGUGUCCGACGUCUUGGAUCAAAUCACUUCAAGAGGUCUGUAUGUGAUUACCAACGUUCACCAUGACAGUUGGACUUGGGCGGAUUACACGCAAGCGAACGCUAAUGUGACUGCUAUUGAGGAGAGACUGUACAAGACAUGGGUACAGAUCGGGCAGAAGCUGGCCUGCAAGGGAGAGAAAGUGGCAUUCGAGACGAUCAACGAAAUCCCUGGAACCACCGAAGCGCACGGAAAGGAAGUCAACAGGCUGAACAACAUUAUGCUCCAAGCUAUCAACCAAGCUGGUGGCUUCAACCCGAAACGAGUGGUCAACCUGGUGGGCAGCCGUGAGGAUGGUGAGCAGACGAGUCUGUGGUUCGAGCCACCGGAUGCGAAGUACAAGAACCCAUGGGGCAUUCAAUACCACUACUACUCACCCUACGACUUCAUCUUCGCCGCCUGGGGCAAAACGACUUGGGGCUCUGAUGCAGACAAGGCAACACUCGAGGCGGACAUUGCCCGCGUCCGCGGCAACUUCAGCGGCAUCCCUCUGAUCAUCGGCGAAUGGGCUGCUUCACCUGUCGCAACCGAGACCGCAGCGCGCUGGCGGUACUUCGACUUCUUUGUCCGCACAGCCGCGAAAUACAACACCUCAACCGUACUGUGGGACAACGGCGCCGACUUCUUGAACCGCGCAACGCACCAAUGGCGCGACACCGUCGCUCUCGACAUCUACAUCAACGCGCAGAAAGGCAUUGCGAACGCGCUUCCAGACAGCACAACCGACGGCUCGGCAACAAGCCAGAAGAGCUCAGCCUAUCUCUACCACAAGAAAAACACCACCGUGUCCGACCAAACCCUGCCUUUCCUUUUCAACGGCAAUCAGUUGCAGAAAAUCUCCGUCGCAGCCACCAAGAAGAUCCUGACCAAGGGCCAGCACUACACCGUCGAGGGCGAAAGUAUCACGUUUAAGAGCACUUUCCUCAGCACGAUACUGACCCCAACGAGCCCCACGGGCAGCCUGGCGAAUUUGACGCUGGAAUUCAACCGCGGCGCUAAACUCAACGUCGACGUGCUGCAAUACUCGACUCCCGUGCUGGGCCGCACGUCAUCUGCUCUCCCAGCUACAAGCGUCGACUUGCUCAUCCCGAUUACCUGGGCGGGACAGAAUAGGCCCGCGACUGUCAAGGCGGUAAGGGCUGAUGGUACCUAUCUGUUUGAUAGCUGGACAACAGUAUUAGGCCCAUUGCAGCAGGGGCGUAUGACAUACGGCACGUGGGAUUGGGAUGGCAGCAACGUCAUCCUGAAGGCGUCGGUGCUGGAUGCUGUGCGCGCUGCGGGGCAGACGACGAAGUUUACGAUUGAGUUUUAUCCUAGGGAGCCGGGGAAUGUGGCAGAGUAUACUAUUACGGUUUGAGGAGGGAGACGAAGUAUAUUUGGGUGGUUGUGGAGGAUGUUUGUACAUACAGUUUCCUUCGUGAAUGAAAGUUUUGUGUCGCACCCGGAGAAUGAUGAGUACUAGUAGGUUCGGGUGCAAGGUACUAGUAGGUUCGGGCGCAAGGUAGGAG